CCUUUUCCUCUAUGCAGACCUUAUCUUCUCCUCAUCCAAACACACCUGUUGACAACUCCUGACCCCUCCUUCCUGAUUUUUCUGUACAGCCAUGGACACCUGCCUUCCGCUCCCUCGCCCUGCUCCGCCCCCGUCGCCCCCUCAUUUUUCUCCCUGGCAAGUCCAACAAUUGGUUCUCCACUGCCCUCGGCAAACCAAUUCUUCAUCCCCAUAAUUCCAACGAGUUGGUUCUCCACUCCCUUCAGAAAACCACCAUGGAUACCUCGAGCUCGAGCUUCUUCGUGUUGCUUUCUCUCCUUCCUGCUACAAUCCUCCAUGGGCCACACAAGAUUGAACCCACACGUUUGUUGAUGUGCAACCACACAGUGCUAUGAACCGGUGUUUGCUGCGAGCUGCGACGGUGGGUGACCACGACCGGUGAGUGCCUCAUUUGCGGCAGCCAGAUGCUGGGACGAGUGCCUAGUUUUUGCUACCAGCAAUAUUUUUGGUUUGGCCCAAUUUUACAUUUUUGCUACCACCGUUUUUUGGUUUGCUGGAACCAGCACAAAUUUUUGCUACCAUCGACGUUUUGGUUUUGCUGGUACCGACGCCAAAAUUUGUAUUUUGCUACAACCAGUGCUUUGGUUUGCUGGAGACAGCCCCAAUUUUUGCUACCAUCGGGCGUUUUGGUUUUGCGGGUACCGAGGCCAAAUUUUGCAAUUUGCUACACCCCGUGUUUUGGUUUGCUGGAGCCAACCCUAAUUUUUGCUACAACUGCCGCUUUUGCUUUGCUGGAAAGAACGCCCAAUUUUGCAUUUUUGCUUCAAAUAGGUUUUGGUUUGCUGGAACCAGCUUUAAUUUUUGCUACUACCGGUGUUUCGAUUUUUGCUAGAACAUUGCCCAAUUUUGCUUCCGCUGUUUUUGGUUUUGCUGGAACCAGCACAUAAAUUUGCUACUACCGCUGUUGGCUGUGAGCCAUGGCGCCGUCGCCAUUGAAUCAGCAGGGGCGAGGGGAGGUAGCACCGGCGAGGGACGAGUGUUGGCUAGCCACAGUUUUAUGCUGCUGAGAAUCUUUUUGCUGGAACCAUCAUCUAAUUGUGCUGGAACCGACUAUUUUUUAUGCUUCAACCGAGCACCACAAAUUUUGUUGUUUUUAUAUUAUUUUUGCUGGACAUGGCGGCCAAGUCGACAAUGGCGGCGAGCCGGAGAUGAGGGAACACCGAGGAUGCUACAAAUCAUGGUGCCCGUGCGCUAGAACCCGUCCAUGUUCGAUCUGCAGGCUGCAGCCAUGGCGAGCGGAGGCAGGAGCGGCCGGCUAGCACGGGCGGCCAGCGUGGUGGCACAGGUGGCAAGCAAGCAUGGGAAUCCAACGACAAGCACAGGCUGCCGCGGAAAAAAAUUAUGAGACCAGGUCUCACGGGCUAGCAGUUGAGACCCACCCUGGUACCAUGCCUUUCGCAAUCAUCUGAGUAGUAGAAUGGCCUCGAAAGCUAUAAGGAGGAGGCCUGCCGAGAAAGAAAGAGAGAGACAUAUGGAAACAACAAUGCCGGAAUCUGUCACAGCACCUCUUCUAGGAAAUAGUGCCCAGGGGAAUAAAUCGGAGGGGUAUGAGCCUAUACCGGAUUUCUGGGAUGGAAAAUCACGCGAGUGCCUUCAUUGGGUGCAUAUUGUAUCUACUUUUAUUACUCAGUCUGCAAGAAAGAUAGUAAAUGCUAUUUCGGAGUUUGGUUCGUUUCUAGCAAGGUUCUUUGGUUGCUCCUGUGCUCCCCAAAGUUCACAAAAUGCACAGACAAUGCUAAUUCACCUCAGUCCAUUACAGGAGGAGAGAUUAAAAUUCUUGAGACAAAGAUUAAAUGUGCCAUUUGAUUGUUCCGCUGUCAAGCACCAGGAUGCACUAAAAGAACUUUGGAGAUUGGCUUAUCCUAACCGAGAACUUCCUCCUCUGAAAUCAGAUCUAUGGAAGGAAAUGGGCUGGCAGAACUCUGACCCAGCAACAGAUUUUAGGUCUGGGGGAUUCAUGUCCUUGGAAAAUCUAAUAUAUUUUGCAAGAAAUUACCCAGAUUCCUUUCAUCGGCUAUUACACAAGGCAGAUGGUGAGAGAGCUGAAUGGGAAUAUCCUUUUGCAGUAGCUGGCGUAAAUAUAUCUUAUAUGUUAGCUCAAAUGCUGGAUUUACAAUCAGAAAAUAGGAGGAGCUCAAAAGCAAGAGUUGGCUUUGCUCAACUACUUGAAGAUGACGAGAUGGCUUUCGAUAACCUUUUCUGCCUAGCUUUUCAGAUGCUCGAUGCUCAGUGGCUUGCAAGGAGAGCUAGUUAUAUGGAAUUCAAUGAGGUUCUGAAGUCCACACUAGGCCAGUUAGAGCAAGAGCUUACAAUUGGAGGCGUUUCACGCGUUCAGAAUCUGCCAUCGUUCAGAAUGUUAAGGAGAUAGCAUUAUUUGGUCUUUACCCGAAAGGGGGAAGGUUGCCAAAUAUGCUGCUCAUUCUUUUAUUGUUGUUCAAGAUGGGCCGCCAUGUAAAGAUUACUGGCCAUCACAUAUUCGGUUCAUAUGCGAUACCUUGAAAAGAUACUUGCUCCUAUAGGCUUUGGCAUCAAGCGCUUUGUAAGUGUUUGUGUAGCAAAAGAUACACAUGCAAGUGUUUCUGUUACAAUAGUUAUCUGCAGGAGUGUUUUAUUCUGGGAACAUGUAAUAUUUGUAUGAAAUAGAAGAUUAGAAGAAAAUAAAAAUAAAAAUCAUAUUUUAAGUUUA